UACAGCCUGCAGGAAUCGCUUCCCAUUGACACUGAAGCUUGUUGCGUCUUACACAAUACAAGUGGUUUCUUACCACCGUACAGUGUCGUACUCAGCAGAUUAGUCAUGGGGAAAGGCAUGGAGCUAAGAAGAUAGAAAUUUCCCAUCAGCUCCUUCGCUCACGCUCCGAGUCACGUGGCACGGCUGGAUUCAAACCAUGGCGGAACUGCCAGUGACAGAAGAACGGGAAUUUCUUCCGCAAACGGGCCACAGUCGGAAAUCGUCUGUCGCGUCCGUGGGUGCUGACGAGUCCAGGUCGAAUUCCAGGAGAAGCAGUAAACGUCUGAGUCGACAGGCCUCGAUGGAGAGGCAUUCCUUGGACGAGCAGGAAUCGCGUCGCACCAGGAAGUACGACAAGCGACGUAGUUGUCCGGACUAUUUCGGCGUGAAAUCCUACCUUCACAAUUUCUAUGAUACCGCCUUCUUCAAGGACCCGUCUAUAUACGAGGAAGAAGACGACUAUCGGUACCUUCUGAAUCCGGCACGGAGGCGACGCCGGUGUCGGCCCGUCUGGUGGAAGGUGUCCACCUGGAUCGGUGUCAACCUCAUGAUCUUCGGGGUGAUCGGGAUCCUUGUGGGCUACCUCGUACCCAGAAAACCCAUCAUCAUAGAGACUGAUUCUUCCAACCAAAUUUUGCUGGUGGACAAGCAGGCGAAUCCGCACAACACCAUGCUGGAUAUGUGCAAAGUAAUCGGACUGGUGCUGUUCUGUCUCGGUGGAACGACCUUGGCGCUCGCUCUGCUCUUUCCUAGCUUUCUGCAUCAAUAUUGCAAUGAGGAACGCUACGACGACGCGAUUCGUGUCCGUUACGGAGAGGACGCCAAACCUCCGCCUUUAAGUCCUAUAGAAAUGACCAUUCCGGCCUCUUCGAAGGUCAGCAGUGUCCAGCCCGAGAGGAACGGCGCGGAAUCUUUACUAACCAAAGACGGAAUGGUUAAUGUUAAAGACUAGACCUUUGCUGGUGACGGACCUGGAAAGAGAACUCGUACAUUGCUCUUGUCAGAGACAUUUCCGCCAUGUAAAUGAGCUGGGAGGAAAUCAGACAUUCAUCACGCUAGGCAAUGAUUAGAAUAAUUGUCUUGCCGAGACAGUCGGGUAUGGUUAUUGAUCAAGACCAAAUGUGUGUGAUUACAUUUUAUAUACUCAUUGAUUUUCUGAUCAACCAUAUUGUAUUAAGGGUCUGUAAUGUUAUAUUCAGGACAGAAAAGAAUUACGUACAUGUUGCUGCUGGUGGUGCGUAAGCACGCAAAUAUAUGUCCCCAGUGUUCCAGGUGAAUGUAAUCGGCCGAAUUUUUGAAAAUCAGUAACACGAUUUAACACUCGUUUGUAUUUUUCCAAAACAUGAAAAAGUGAUCUUUAUACAACAUGGCCGUAUAUAUAUAAAUAUGGGACUGUGGGAAAAUAAUACAUGGCACAAAUUAUUCAAUUCGUUAUAUUAAGAAAAGAGGCAUGUGUUUGAUAUCAGCCGUUCUGUUUUAACUCUUACUAAGAAGGCAUAAGUCAUUUGUUCACCUAUUAUCGUGUCUGGUGAAAAAGUGCCCACUGAGGCCGAAAAAAAAAAGGCAUACCGUAUGUCUAACUCAUUCGCCAUCCUGUUCUCUAACAAAUUCGUUUGUGAGCUCACAAUUCGAUCGUUAGCGGAGUAGUUCUUUCACAGAGAAUAUAAUCAAUAUCUAAGCAGUUGUGUAGGGUCACGAGAACUACUCUGUCAUAAAUACACUUAAU